GGUUAUAAAGUUUAUUACACUACAAAUCCUAAUCAACCAGAAGCCUCUUGGGAUUCUCAAAUGGUUGAUAACAGUGAACUGACGACAAUAUCUGACUUAACACCCCAUGCCAUAUACACGGUACGUGUACAGGCAUAUACCUCUAUGGGUGCCGGUCCAAUGUCCACGCCAGUACAAGUGAAAACUCAACAAG